GCGCUGCCAGCAUGACCGACGCGCUGCUGCCCGCGGCUCCCCGGCGGCUGGAGAAGGAAGGGGAUGACUACUUUCGGAAGGGUUGUAAUCCUUUGGCACAGACUGGCCGGAGCAAGCUGCAGAAUGAAAGGGCUGCUUUGAACCAACAGAUCCUGAAGGCUGUGCGGAUGCGGACAGGAGCCGAGAACCUUCUGAAAGUAGCCACAAACCAAAAGGUACGAGAACAGGUGCGCCUGGAGCUCAGCUUUGUCAACUCAGACCUGCAGAUGUUGAAGGAGGAGCUGGAGGGACUCAACAUCUCAGUGGGCGUGUACCAAAACUCAGAGGUUCAUGAUGCCGAUAUUGGGUACCACACAUUACAGAAAUACCAUCUGUUUGCUUGUCGGACACCCAGCCGGGAUGAGGCUGGGGUUGAACUGCUAAUGUCCUACUUCAUCCAGCUGGGCUUUGUGGAGAGCAGAUUCUUCCCGCCCACCUGCCAGAUGGGGCUCUUGUUUACCUGGUAUGACUCCCUUACUGGGGUCCCUGUGAGCCAGCAGAACCUGCUGCUAGAGAAAGCUAGCAUCCUGUUCAACACUGGAGCCCUCUACACUCAGAUCGGAACCCGGUGUGAUCGGCAGACACAAGCUGGGCUAGAGAGUGCUGUGGAUGCUUUCCAGAAAGCUGCAGAGACUGAGUUUCUGGACAGUAUAACACCCUUUGCCCUGGGCCUUUUUGACCGAUGCUUUUUUGAAAUCCAGGUCUGGCUCCUUGUGGCAGAGGUCUACCGGCAGUUGCACACAGCCAUGAGCCAGGCACCAGUGAAAGAGAAUAUCCCCUACUCCUGGACCAGCCUGGCUUGUCUGAAGGCUCAUCAUUAUGGAGCUCUAGCCCACUACUUCGCCGCCACCCUCCUCAUGGAUCACCAGUUGAAGCCAGGUGCAGAUGAGGACCACCAGGAGAAAUGCUUGUCUCAGCUCUACACCCAAAUGCCAGAGGGGCUGACGCCCUUGGCCACACUGAAGAAUCAGCAGCAGCGCCAGCAGCUGGGAAAGUGCCAUCUGCAGAGAGCUAUCACCCACCAUGAAGAGUCCCUGAGGGAAGCCAGCCUGUGCAAGAAACUACGCAACAUCCAUGUGCUUCAGGAGGUGCUAACAGCGGCCCACCAACGGACCCGGCUCAAAUAUGAUCAACACCGAGAGGAAGAUGAUAUCCUGAACUUGAUGGAAGCCCCUGACAUUGUGUCUAAAACUGAGCAAGAGGUAGAAGUAAUACCACCCCAGUUCUCCAAGGUCACGGUCACAGACUACUUCCAGAAGCUGGGCCCCCUAUCUGUGUUCUCGGCCAGCAAGAGGUGGACUCCUCCUAGAAACAUUCACUUCACAGCAGAAGAAGGGGACUUGGGCUUCACGCUGAGAGGAAACACCCCAGUGCAGGUCCACUUCCUGGACCCUCAAUGUUCUGCUGCACUGGCAGGAACCAAAGAGGGAGACUAUAUCAUUUCCAUUCAAGAUGUGGAUUGUAAGUGGCUAACAGUGACUGAGGUCAUGAAGCUGUUGAAGGGGUUUGGCGGGGAUGAGAUUGACAUGAAGGUGGUGAGCCUCCUGGACUCCACAUCUUCCAUGCCUGGUAAGUGUGCCACAUAUUCUGUGGGAAUGCAGAAAACCUACUCCAUGAUCUGCUUAUCCAUCGAUGAUGAUGAUGAUAAAAGUUACAAAACCAAGAAGGUCUCCAAGAAGCUCUCCUUUUUGAGUUGGGGUACCAGUAAGAACAGACAGAAGUCAGCCAGUACCUUGUGUCUCCCGGCAGUUGGAGUGGCAAGGGCAAGGCCUCAAGUCAAGAAGAAGCUGCUGACUCCUUUUAGCCUGCUCAACUCUGAAAGCUCAUUGUACUAAGUACAACAUGGACAAAACAGAUGUUUACCCGCUGGCAGGUCAAGGCCUUUCAAUCUGUGCCAUAGGAGAAAAUAUCUAAAUGUCGUUACUUCCCGUUUUUCCCAGUAUAAACUUGUCUUUGGUGAGCUUUUAGAGAAGUGACAAGAAUCCUCUGGACAUCUGCGGGAAGCACAUUUAUUCAGAAUUUCACUAUAUUGCUGCAGAUUAUUUAUUUUAGAAGGUAUUGUACAUAGAACAGUGUCCAGAUGAUGGCUGCUUUUAAUUAUUUGUUAGGAGCUAACAGAGGUAAACUGAGGCUACCUUACUACAUUUGUGAUAUUUCUAAGUGUCCAGACAGGGGUAAGUCUGUCCUUGCUCUAGAGUCCAGUGGACCCUUGAAUUAAAGAUAGGUCAGGGCAACAAAAGAUAGGGAAAUUUGUAUAGGAAAAUUUUGCCAAGCUGGGCACUCUUGGCCCACAGCUGCAAUUGAAGCAACUCAGGAGGCUGAGAUUUAAGGAUUACAGUUUGAAGCCAGCCUGGGUAUGAAAAUUAGGCUGAUCCCUAGUGAAUUACCAAAAAGCCAGAAGUAGAGGUGGGGCACAAGUAGUAGAGCACCAGCCUUGUGCAAAAAAGUUAAG